AGGGGAAAACCGAAGUCUCCAGAUUCCACUCCAAAUCUAGAGCACAAUUAUACUAUGGAAUAGAAUAGACCCCAACACACACGCACGCAGAGCAAAUCAAACAGUGACAGUAAGUGAGCGAGAAACAAAAACAAAGGAAGGAAAAAAAAAUGUUUUUCUUCUUCGUGGGAGGGGUUGAGCAACAAGUCCGGCAAGUGCUGAGAUCAGGUGCCGGAAGGUGCAUAGCGUGCAAGUCUCCGGCGGAUCUGGUGGAGUACGAGAAGGUUCUGAAGCUGUUCUUCGUUCCGGUGUGGCGGUGGCCGGGAAAGGAGCCUUCCAUGUACUGUAGAAACUGCAACCUCUUCUUCCCUCAGUCUUACUCUCUUCCGCCGCCACGGCCGACCACCGACUCUGCUCUUGAUGAGGUCGACCGCUGCCGUUUCUGUGACCGGCCGGUGGAGCCCGAGUUCAGUUUUUGCCCCUUUUGUGGCUCUGCUCUGUGAGCUUCUUCUGAUUCUGAUUCUGCUUUUCUUUUGUAUUAGUGGUGGUGUUGUGAGUAUGAGAGGGUUUAGGGUUUUGGUAUGGUGCGGUAAGGGUUGUAAUUUUUGUAAAUGGGUAUCAUAGAAAAGAUAUAUAUGAUCCUUUUUGGAUGGGUUCCCAGUUUAAUAAAUUGUUGUUCCUAUAUAGGAUUUGAAA